AUUCCAAUGUGCUAUUUUAGUCUCCGUCUUCUACCAUCUAUCUACUUCUUCAUCCUUCUCAUACCCCAGUUUCCUAAACUGAAUACCCACUUUAUUUCCAACAAAAAAACAAUUGAGUUUCUCAAGAAAAUUUCAUGGGGGGAAGAGGAUUGUUUGAUCUUGAAAACCACUUUGCCUUCUAUGGCGCAUAUCACAGCAACCCAGUAAACAUUUUCAUCCACACUCUGUUUGUGUGGCCAAUUCUCUUCACCUCUCUUGUUCUUCUCUACUUCACACCUUCCCUGCUGAAUUUCCCAGCUGGGGUUUAUCAUGGGUUUUUGUUUAAUUUUGGGUUUGUUUUCACUGUGAUCUAUGCUUUGUAUUAUGUUGGAUUGGAUAAGAAAGCUGGGUCCUUGGCUGCUUUGCUCUGUGUUCUCUGCUGGGUUGGAGCGAGUGUUCUUGCUAGUCGCCUUGGGUUUUCUUUGGCAUGGAAGGUUGUGUUGGCAGCUCAGUUGUUCUGUUGGACUGGACAGUUCAUAGGCCAUGGGGUGUUUGAGAAACGAGCACCAGCUCUUCUGGACAACCUUGUCCAAGCAUUUCUAAUGGCCCCUUUCUUUGUGUUACUUGAGGUCCUUCAAACGGCCUUUGGUUACGAACCUUAUCCAGGGUUUCAUGCAAAUGUUACAGAAAAGAUAGAGGCUAAUAUCAAAGAGUGGCAAGAAGAGAAACAAAAGAAACAAUCUUAGAUAGCUCACAUCCAGAGAACAGUUCUGGUUAACACUGUAAAGAAUAAGAUGAAUGUGUUGGUCUGUAUCCGUAUAUGCCAUUUGUCAAGUAGUUUUCACCCGAUAUUAGGAAGAAUAAAACUAAAACUUUAGAUAUAAAAAUUGUUUACAAUGAUCAACGACUUUAAACUUGUCCUUGAAUAUCAUGUCAUAUUCUGAUC